CCCGUUGUGUCAGCAGUAUGCAGGAUAUAGGAACAAUGUCGGAUUUAUAAUGUACGCCUUCUUAGAAUACUGGUCUAUGUAUUUCCUUGACAGCAAGCGGUAUGAACCCGCCACCCAGUCAAAGGGUUGGGAGCAUGCCAAAUCACCCUGACGUGACGCUGAAGAACAAGUUGGGGUAGCUGUGGUUGACAAAUGUACGCUGCUUUCGAAAUUAUUCCUAACAAGCUAUAUUCACUUCAAAUCACCCGAUUGAAGGUCUCGUAUCAGCCAUACGAUAAUUCACAUCAUUCACCCGGACUCCAAGAACUAUUCAUAUAAGUCACUAAUGGAGAUCCGAAUCAAAUCAAACCAAAUCAAUAAACCAAACCAUAUGUAGGCUACACAGUAAGAUGUGCCCUUCCUUACUUAAAGGUCAGUAAUGUUCGUAACGGCAAAGACUCUGAGCGAGAGCAGGAAGAGGAACCUCAGAGCAGUGUUCUGAGAAGGAAAUAACCCUUCUGGCAGAUCAUUGGCUUCUCUCCAGACUGCAUUACGUCAUACGUCAGACAUGUCUUUAUAGACCAAAAUACGCCUACAACUUUGAAUGAGAAUGAGAGAGUCAAAUGUCUUCGAAAAGUUAAAAUCAUAGCAUCUUCCAAUGCUGAUGAUGGUUCAAGUAUACGCCACACUUCAAGUGGGGCCCUGAAAAAGCUAGUAGUGGACUUCCACCCGAAAGUCUGUGUAAAGAUUAAAGACAUUCAUACAAAUCAUACUUUUUUGUUCACUGACCAACUUAAGUUUUCUUCCAAAUGUCACUCCUGGGGCCGCAUGAAAACAAUGGGGAAUGAGAGGGCGGGGCAUAACUUUUUAGAUAUAUAUAUAUAUGUCUCGCUAAGGAACGAGCUGCAGAAUUCUUUAGCUACUUCUUCACGCAGCACUCCUGUAUCUGACGAUGAUGUUGAAGUUUUCGAUCCUCGUGGCUUGCCUGCUGGUGGCCAGUUUGUACCGUGAAGUACAGAGUGAUGACAGCAGUGAGAGCAGCGAAGAGAGUACCAUCCCAGCAAACGUUACCAUGAAGAUAGAGAACAGCCUGGACUCCAGCUGGCCGUCUGCUGAGUACGUCGUUUCAGUUCCUGUGGGGACCUCAGUCUACGAAAUGAUGGUGGCGGCCAAAGAACAGUUCGAUGACUUCACAUUCGAGGCCACCUACUUCCGUCAGUACGGCGGACACUUCAUCGACUCCAUCAAUGACCUCGCCGGUAGCUCCGCCGACCAGACCUUCUGGCGUUUUGAGAACGGUUACGGUGUGGCUUUCGACCGCGGUGUGGACUUGAUCUUGGUGCACGCCAACGAUGACGUCAUUGUCUUCAGCUUCGCCUCCUGGGCUUAAGGGCAUCAGUAGUAGUUGUCGCCAAUAUUGGCCAAUCAAUAUCAUGGUCAACGUGCUACCUAAACAUGCAGAGGUACCAUGUAGAAAACGUUUUCCGCAGUUUAAAUCUGAAGUAUACGUACCACUUUGCCUUUCAUCGGGACCACUGCUAGUAUCAUUCCAUAUUGCUAAGAUAUUGUGUUGGCUUUGUAUGCGUCAAUAUGAACCUGUUUACCUAUUUCUGAAACGUUUAGUUGAUUUGAACUUUUAUAUUCUUAGUACAUGAUAUAGUCCUACUGCAAAAAUUCGUAUAAAGGAUUAGAAGUUUUGGACGUGCUCUCGAUGGAAAAUUAGACUUCGACUUCUAGAUAAAGAUAUCGACGUGUUC